AUAAACAAAAAAAUCAUUUGCCUAUUAUUUUAGUGAGUACAAUUAAAUACCUUAGCAAUAAUUUAAUAUGCUAUCAAAUUAUUGCAAACAAUGUGGCAAUCGUCACGAAGACCAGGAAUGCGCAGUAAACUCAACUGUCAUUGAAUGGAAAUACGAAGGCAAUCUCGUUACCCUUUAUGGAUCAUGGAGUCACUUCCAGGUUGGGUACCCAAUGGUGAAAUCUAAGCAGCCUCCUUAGUACUCUCUUAUAAGCUAUUCUAGUUUCUUACAAGCAGAAAUCAAUCCCCCUUUACCUCCAGGCUACCAUUAAUAUAAGUUCAACGUUGAUGGCCAUUGGAAACAUGAUCCCAAUGCAGAUGUAAUUUACAAUAAUUUCGGGACUUAUAAUAAUUGGGUACUAAGAAACCACUAUUAACAUAGUUGGAAGUCGUCCCAAGAAAAUUGAUUCAAGUAGAUAGUUCUGAUGAUCAAGAGCCAAACACAGACGAAGAUGUUCAAUUUAGAUAAAACUAUAAAGUAAAGAGACUCAUAUGAAUCUUAGCAAGACUUGAUGAAAGUCAAAGUACGCACUUAUUUGGACUGGAAUGAGAUGUUUGUGAUGGGCUCUUGGGAUGAAUGGAAGCAGCCCAUUAAAUUGAAUCGGAAAUUCUUGGGUUUCGCAAAGAAGUACAUCAAUUACGCAUAUUUGCAUCUGGCUCCUGGUUCAUAUCAAUACAAAUUUCUCAUUGCAGGAUAAUAUGUCUAUGAUGAGACUUUGCCCACUGUCGAUAACAAUUACCAAUCUAAAAAUAACAUUCUCCAUGUGAAUCGAAAACAACUACAUUACCAUCCCCAAAAUUACGACAAUGUCUAUUUCACCCAAUAUCAAAUCCAAAAGAAGUAUGAAAGAAUUCACGGCUUAACAAUGACUGGCAUCGGAAAUGAAUUCUACAUUUUUGGUGGUCGAGGCACAGGCCAUAACUUUAAAAAUGACCUCCACAUCCUCAAUCCUAGAACCAAAGAGCUCAGAGUUGUCGAGGAUACCAAAGGACCCAUUCCUGAUCCAAGAGCAUUCCAUAAGUAGCUUUUACACACUUAUCUAGUGCAAUUAAAUAUGGGAAUAAAAUAAUCUAUUAUGGCGGACUCAAUUCAGACAAGGUCUUUGAUGACUAUUAUGUCUACAACACUACUUCAAAAACUUGGAUCUAAAGUAAACCCAAGGGACAACUCCCUUCUCCCAGGGAAAAAGCCUCUUUGACUCUGCUUUCAAACUACCAAUCCUUAAUUUACUUUGGCGGAUACUACUGCAGCCAUGAUCUUGAAGUCCAGAAGACUUACAAUGACAUCUACUGUCUAGACCUAACCACCAUGAUGUGGACUCAGUAUUUAUUCCAAUCUAACCGUAGUUAUGACCUAGAUGAACACGCGCUCAAACCUCCUCCAAGAUCUGCCCAUUCUGCCACCUAAAUCAAAGACAAACUGUACAUCUUCGGAGGUCAGUCGCUUCCUGAAGGACAUUACACUCCAAAUUUCAAUGAUUUGUGGAUUCUGGACUUCUCCAAAGAAGCUAGUUGGGCUAAUCUGACUCAUGUGAUGAAGGGAGAACCGCCUUCUCCAAGACAUGGACAUUUGGGAAGUGCUUUAGGUGGACACUUGUUCAUCUAUGGAGGAAGAGGCGAACAUUCAAGUGAUAUUCUCGGAGAUCUCUAUCAUUUCAAUCCAGAGACCUUGGUUUGGUAAUGCAAUCCAUUAAUAAUCCUUAGGACUAAACCUAAAAUACAUGGAACCAUUCCCAUCCCAAGAUGUUAUUGUGCUGCCGAUACCAUGGGAAGUGGAAAUGAAUUGUGGAUUAUUGGAGGACACAAGGGAAACAUGAUCUUCAAUCAAUAGUAAUAAUUCUAUUCAUUCAUCUCUCUAGAAAUCAAACUCACGUUUAUGUCAUGUCAUUUGAAGAAAGAGAUGACGAUGAUAUAUUUGGAUCUCCUAAAGUUGUAAGUAGAAAACCUGAAUUUGUAAUGGAUAUCGUAAAAGCAAUAACUAAAUGAAC